CCUCACCGGUGUGUGGUUACUAAUAGCAUAUAUCCCGUACAGACCCUCGUGAGUCCUCGAUCCAUCUUUGAUUCGUUCGAGAUGUGAUCAUUGUGAGCUAACUCGUGUAUUUGGGAUAGCAUACAUCCCUCCCGCAACACCUCAAUCAUCCCAACAACAAGAGUUUGUCAAGAUGUCCAUGAUACCCGUCCCCGUCCGCGAGUUGAUGAACAACUGGUUCACUCGCACAAACGACACAUCCAAUUACCCCGGCUUCUCCUCCUCCUCCUCCUCCAACCUUCCUCCCGACACCAUCCUCGGCGGUAAAGCCCCGCCCAAGAAAUGGCACAUUCCGGAGGACGUCAUCUGGAAUGCCACCCCCGGUCCACAUGCGUUCUUGGUGAGGGGUGAAGGGAUAAAGAAGGAUCUCUAUCCGUUUCGGGCUGUGGAUGAUGAUCCCACCUACUCAGGUGAUCCGGAUCUCAGGGUGUGGAGGUUGGUGUUUGAAUCCAAUCGCAUCCACAUGCAAGACGCCAAAGACAAAUUAUCGGAUUGCAGGAGGUUGGAGAGGUGUAAGCCCUUGAUACCGACGCCUUUGAAAUUGAGAAAGGGGAAUCCGGCUAUGGAGAGUGUUUUUGAGAUUGGAGAGUUGUGGAGUAUGAUCACGGGGGAUUUGACGAAGAAGGAGAAGAAGCAAUUGAGUUUGAUUUCCAGGUACUUCUAUGAGAAGUUUGCGGUGGAUGUUUGGGCGACGGUAUCGGCACAGCGGAUUCAGAAGAUGACACCGGGCUGCGUGGAGCGCAUUGGUCCCUUCGUGCGCGAACUCAGAUGGGAAGAGAGUGGACUCAACAUCACCCCGAAACCCGAUGCUCUCUUCGAAAUUGGACCACAAAGGCGCAAGAUGGCAUUCCCGAAUUUGGAGACGGUUAUCGGGAUCAAAUUCCGUCACGUCCAUGUCCGCGCAUUCCAGCAAUGCUUUUUCGUCGAUUCGCUACAAGAGUUGGAUUUGAACAUGCCCACGGUCGACCACCUCUUCCUCCGCUCCGUCGCCCAAAAACGAAACCUCCGGGUCCUGAAACUCGCUCAGGCACGUAUGAUGCCCGAAUCAAACCACCAGAUGAACGGAGAAACGUUCGAGAUGUCCAUGCUCGCCGUGCUUGGCGCGAAUCAAGCGACGUUGGCGACAUUUUGGACGGAUGGGUGUUCGGGGCAGGAUAGGUUGGUCAGUCCGCGCGUGCUAAGUUAUAUCUUGUUUGAUCCCGAAUGCCGGAUUCGCGAUUUCAAGUAUAUCGACCACAAAACCGCUGAUUCGAAACCAUUCAAAAUCCGUCCCAUCACGCGUCGUUGGAUCCGUGACGCUGUCGCUGCCGGGGCUGAAUGCCGUAUCCAUCGUCUCGCUCUCAAAAUUAAGGCGGAGGCAUUGGGAAUGUUGGUGGGCGCGUGUAGGAAUUUGGUAGAGUUGGAGAUUAAUUUGGGGGAUGCGGAGAGUGGGAAUGAGUGGAAGACGCGAAAGGGGGUCCAAGCUAGGAUGAAGCAGAAGAAGGCGAGGCAGAGGGCGGAGAGGGAGGCGAGGGCGAAUGGACUUUCUGAAGCUGAGGUGACGGCGGCGGUUGCGGCGGCGGGGGCGCCGUGGGAUGAGUUAGGGAAGGAGAUGGAGAGUGGGGACGAGGAUGGGAGUAUGACUGUGAAGGCGGAGGGGCAGAUUAUGGAGGGGAUGGUUGGGGUUGCGCAGGUCGUUCCUGGACCGCCUGGGUCUGCGGCGGCGGAGAGGAAGGUGAAGAAGGAGGAGGCUGCCGUGGGACCUCGUGAGCCGGAUGAGCAAGGUUCUGCGAUCCUGGCUAUUGAAGCCUUGUCGGCGCAGAAGAAGUUGAGGUUGGAGAGUUUGGAGAUCAGCCACUUUACCGACGCACUUUCUGGAACUACGAUUCAGAAACUUGCGGAUGCGUUUGGUGGGACAUUGAAGAGGUUCCACAUCAAGAAUGUUGGACUCAGGAACCGUGGUGUUGAUAUCAAUGUCAACAAAGUUACCUGGACGGUUGAGGAUAUGGAGAAUUUCUGCCGUGCGUGUCCCGAGUUGAGGGAGUUUGGUAUCGCUGAGCAUGGACCUGAGCCUGGGUGUCUCGCUGGUCAUAUCCUUGCUGCUGGACGCUACUGCCGUAAGUUGGAGUUCUUGAGGUUGAAGAUGAAGAGGAAGAUCGAGUUGUGGGGACAAACCGAGACAGAAAAUUACACAGACUGGAACCCACUCAAGUUCCACUCAACUCGCGUCCCCGAAAUCGAACGCCGCUACCUCUUCCCUUGUCUCAAGGCAAUCGAUUGGGGUAUAUCCGACGGUAACUACGAACAUUCUCGUCCGCUUACGGAGAGGGAGUUUUAUAUGCGUGAGUGUCCGUUGUUGACGAAGCCGUUUCAUUCGGUGCAGACGGUGCAGAAUCAUGAGAAGCAGAGGGGCAUGGUUGAGGGGACUUAUUGGAGGGAAUUGUUGAGGAAGGAGGAGGAGAGGGAGGAGGCCGAGGCGGCCGAGGCGGCGCAGGCGGCGCAUAUGGCGCAGUAGGCGGCUGCGCAGACGGGGGUUCCAGUACCAGUUGUAGGUGAAGACAUCUUCGGUUUGGGGGAGGAGGGAGGUAAUAAUGGUAACUUUGUGCGAGUGUGAAAGAAGACGGUGUUUCACUGGGUGUGAAGAAGUUGAAGGAUUAGCAAGGAGCGGAAGAACGUGAAGGCCGCGAUAUGGU